AGCCCCUGAAGGUCGUUCCGUAGGUUCGCUCGAUCUUAAUAUCCACCUAAUCACCAACCAAAAUCCCUGAAGCCUCCCGAAUUAUCUCACACGGUCCAUCGAAUUACAACCAUGGAAACCCAAGAUCGAGAAGAGCAAGCCAUCAAAGAUCGAAUGGCAGACAUCCAACCCAAGCAUUUCACCCAGAAACAGAUCAUCAUGUCCUUUGGCUACGCAAACAUCCACACCUUCAUGAGAGCCCAUCGUCUUAAAUUUUCCGACUUCCAGCACUAUGAACAAGCCCAAACCAUGAUUGAGCAACAACGUUACAAUCUACAAAGCAAGUGGGAGCAAGAUCGGGACAUGGAAGAGCUUACGAUGGAGACGGUCACUGGACUUCCAACCGAUUCGCAAAGUCCAUUGAUGGUUACAACAAGAGAGCACAAUAAGAAUAUCAGGGACCAAAUGUCUUUAGAGCAGGAAUUGAUGGAAUUGGGCGUCAUGAUGGGAGGAUCGAGCUUGCAGGCUGUUCGGCUGGAGAAGGAGGACGUCCUCUUCCGUUACGUGGACAAAGAGAGGGAGCGGGCAUCAAGAAAGGCGAGGGGGCUGAAGAAAUCAUCGUCUCGGCAGAAGGAGGAUAUAGAAUGGACAGUCAGACCCACAUUGAAGGCCGACGGACCAACGAGCAGGGGAAGAUCGAGGGAGCCCAAGACGAUCCAGAGAGAGGCUUCCACUUACGUCUCAUUUGCCGAUCUUAUAGAUGAUGCAUAA